CUCUUCUUCUUUCAAGAAACAAACAACAGCAGUCAUCAUGGGUCGCAAGGUUUACGUGGUUGGUGUCGGCAUGACCAAGUUUGAAAAGCCUGGUCGCCGCGAGGAUUUCGAUUACCCGCAGAUGGCGACGGAAGCAGUCACGAAGGCGCUGAAUGACAGCGGGCUUCCGUACUCGGCCGUUCAGCAGGCUGUGGUCGGAUACGUGUAUGGCGACUCGACUUGCGGCCAGCGUGCCAUUUACGAGGUCGGUCUCACGGGCAUCCCGAUCUACAAUGUCAACAACAACUGCUCGACGGGCUCGUCGGCGUUGAUGCUUGCCAAGCAGCUGGUGGAAGGCGGCAUCGCCGAGUGCGCUCUGGCACUGGGAUUUGAAAAGAUGGAGCGCGGAUCGCUGAGCUCAAAGUACACCGACCGCACCAACCCCAUGGACAAGCACGUUGGCGUGAUGGCCGAGACGCGCGGACUGGAGGCGUCGCCGAUGACGGCGCAAAUGUUUGGCAACGCUGGACGUGAGCACAUGGAAAAGUACGGCACAACCAAGGAGCACUUUGCCAAGAUUGCGUACAAAAACCACAAGCACUCGGCAAACAACCCGUACGCCCAGUUUCGCGACCAGUACACGCUGCAGCAAGUGAUGGAUGCGCCCUCGAUUCACGAGCCACUGACAAAGCUGCAGUGCUCUCCGACCUCGGACGGCAGUGCCGCUGCUGUCGUUGCCAGUGAGGACUUUGUGCGCAAGCACGGCUUGGAGGGCCAAGCUGUCGAGAUUGCCGCCCUUUGCAUGGCCACCGACCUGCCCAGCUCCUUCUCGGAGAAUUCCUGCAUCAAGAUGGUCGGCUUUGACAUGUCCGCCAAGGCGGCCAACCAAGCGUACGCGACCGCUGGUGUCACGGCCAAGGACGUGGCCGUUGUGGAGCUGCACGACUGUUUCUCAUGCAACGAGCUCCUGACCUACGAGGCUCUGGGGCUGUGCCCGAUUGGCCAGGCUGGUCAAUUUAUCGACUCGGGCAACAACACGUACGGCGGCAAGUACGUUGUCAAUCCUUCGGGCGGCCUCAUCUCCAAGGGACACCCACUUGGAGCCACCGGCAUCGCCCAAUGUGCCGAGCUCUGCUGGCAGCUUCGUCGCAUGGCUGGCGCCCGCCAGGUUCCCAACGUCAAGGUUGCCCUGCAGCACAACAUUGGUCUCGGUGGUGCCGCCAUCGUUGGUCUUUACCGUCUCGGAUUCCCAAACCACCUCAAGAGUCCUCCGAAGGAUGCCGAAAACCCGGCCAUCAACGACAAGGCAGGUCUGCUCCGUGCUGCACCAGCCGCCAGCGCAUCCAGCGCUGCUGCUUCGCCUGCCAAACCUGCCGCUGCAGCUGCAGCAACUGAAGGAGCUGUGACUUCGGCAUUUGUUUUCAAGGAAAUCGCCGCCCGUCUGGCCACGGAUGGCGCCGCUUUGGUCAAGCAAGUGGGAGGCAUCUAUCGCUUCACCCUCUCGGCUCCCGACUCGACGUGGACACUGGAUUUGAAGAGCGGCAACGGCGCGGUCAGCAAGAGCUCGCUUGGCAACGCUGAUUGCACCAUCGCCAUGACGGAUUCCGAUUUCGUAAAGCUCAUGCUGGGCCAGGUUGACUCGCAAAAGCUCUUCAUGAACGGCAAGCUCAAGGUCAAGGGCAACAUGGGUCUGGCCAUGAAGCUGAAGGUGCUUCAGCCUGCCAAGCCAAAGCUUUAGAAAAUGAUUUGGUUUUUUUUGCAAUGGCACUUUUCUGAUUCUUUUGGAAGCCCUCAGCACUGCUUUGAUUGAGGAAUCAAAGUUGUAAAUUUUCAAUGUAUCUUCAGUAAUUGACCCAA